CUUUUUGCCAUUUUCUUUUUCUUUAUCCAAAAGGUCCUUUUCUUUCUUUCUCUUCCUUUUUCUUCUUUCUUUACAAAAGCUCGUCUUUACGGCUCACCCAACUCGCUCCCUUCCCCUUCCUUACGUAGUUUGAAAGCUACAUCCCGCAUACAUUAAAAAGUCUACAUACUGUGAAGAGCUGGUAUCUCUCCCAGUUUCCAUAAAACCCCGCCCUUUCCUUGUUCCGUAUAUUCCAUUACCUGUUAGAGGUAUAUCAUCCAACGCCACGGCAGCACCAACAACACCAACAACAGAGCCGAAAACAGUAAAAUAACAUCACCAUGUACCGAAGUCCGCCACCAGUGCAUAGCAAAAACGACUACGAUCAAUACGCAAUGCAAGAGACGCAUUUCUCGCCUCGUCACGGCGGAGGCUCACCGUUUGCAGAUCCGUUUCCAGUUGACAACCAACCUUUGCUCCGGCCUCAGCACUCCGGCACUGGCUCGCCCUUCAUGGGCCAUACCCCGCCACCCAUGGGCUCGCCUCGUCCACAGUUUGGUUACCAACCUGGAUCCCCGGGUAACGCACACUAUGGCGAAGCACCCAGACGCGUGCCACGACGAUACAAGACGACCCGAAAGGUAAAGCUGACCCGCGGUAACCUUGUGCUCGAUUGUCCUGUGCCUACACGAUAUCUCCAAGCCGUUCCCAUCAAGGAAUCCAAAGAAUUUACACAUAUGAGAUACACAGCUGCCACAUGCGAUCCAAAAGAUUUCGCAACCUCGGGGUAUACUUUGCGCCAGCAGCUCUUGGAGCGACAGACUGAACUUUUCAUUGUUUUGACCAUGUAUAAUGAAGAUGAGAUCCUGUUUGCUCGUACAAUGCACGGUGUGAUGAAGAACAUUGCACAUUUAUGUGGACGUGAUCGAUCCAAAACUUGGGGUCAUAAUGGAUGGCAGAAAGUUGUGGUUUGCGUGGUAUCGGAUGGUCGUAACAAGAUCAAUCAGCGAACUCUGUCACUGCUGGCCACACUCGGCGUCUAUCAAGACGGUGUUGCUAAGAACAUGGUCGGUGACAAGGAGGUUACUGGCCAUAUUUACGAGUAUACCACUCAACUUUCGGUCGAUCCAGAAAUGAAAUUCAAGGGUGCCGACAAGGGCAUGACGCCAUGCCAGAUGCUGUUCUGCUUGAAGGAAAAGAACCAGAAAAAGAUCAACUCGCAUCGUUGGUUUCUGCAAGCCUUUGGUCCGUUGAUCCAGCCAAAUGUCUGUGUUCUAAUUGACGUGGGAACACGGCCUGGUGGUACGUCGAUCUAUCAUUUAUGGAAGUCAUUUGAUAUCAACUCCAAUAUCGCUGGUGCCUGUGGUGAGAUUCGUGCCAUGACCGGCACUGCCGGUGUCGCUCUACUCAACCCACUUGUCGCUGCUCAGAAUUUUGAAUACAAAAUGUCCAAUAUUCUCGACAAGCCUCUUGAAUCUGUCUUUGGGUAUAUUUCUGUCUUGCCUGGCGCUUUCUCAGCAUAUCGUUAUGUGGCUCUCCAAAACGAUGUCAAUGGCCAUGGUCCACUUGAAAAGUACUUUUUGGGCGAGACAAUGCAUGGUAGUGAUGCCGAUAUUUUUACUGCCAACAUGUACCUCGCUGAGGAUCGUAUUCUUUGUUACGAGCUGGUGGCCAAAAAGAACUCCCACUAUGUUCUUCACUAUGUUAACAGUAGUUAUGGUGAGACUGAUGUUCCCGAUACUGUUGCAGAAUUGAUCUCUCAACGUCGUCGUUGGCUUAACGGUUCAUUUUUUGCUGGUGUUUAUGCUUUGUGGCAUUGGCGUAAAGUUUGGUCAUCUGACCAUUCCAUUUUCCGUAAACUCUUCUUCAUGAUUGAGAACUUGUACAGCACUUACAACAUGAUUUUUUCCUGGUUUGCAAUCGGCAACUUUUAUUUGACUUUUUACAUCCUUACAAAAGCAUUAAGUGCUGAUUCGCUGGAUCCGAAGCCCUUUUCGGGCGAGAUUGCCAACUAUCUACACGUUGGUCUCAACUACGUCUACUGUCUACUGAUGAUUAUUCAGUUUAUUAUUGCUCUGGGUAACCGUCCUCAAGGCUCCAAGUUCUUGUACACUGCUAGUAUGAUCUUCUUUGCUUUACUGAUGGGAUACAUGCUGUUCGUCACGGUUUGGAUCACGAUUGUCGGUAUUACUGCCGUUGUUGAGGACACUGAUGCUUCAUUUACUGCCAUGAUGGGUGAAAGUAUGUUCCGCAACAUUGUUGUUUCCGUCUGCGCUACCUACGUUAUGUAUUUCGUAGCGUCUUUCAUGUUUCUAGACCCAUGGCAUAUGUUCACUAGUUUCAUCCAAUAUAUUUUCCUCAGCCCCUCCUACAUCAACAUCUUGAACGUAUACGCAUUCUGUAACAUCCACGACGUUUCGUGGGGUACCAAAGGUGAUAACAAGGUUAAUACGGAUCUCGGUGUCGUCAAAUCCGAUAAGGACGAAUCUGGUGAACAUACUGCUGAAAUUGACUUGCCGACGGAGCAAAAGGACAUCAACGAAGCAUAUGAAGCUGCAUGUAUCGAAUUACAACGCAAGCCUGAGGAGGAACCAGAGCAUCGUGACGCUCAAACCAAGCAGGAGGAUUACUAUAAGGCUUUCCGUACAAACCUUAUCUUGUUCUGGAUUAUUUCGAACCUUUUAUUGAUCAUUGCUAUUACCAGCGUUUCUGCAUUCUCCUGGAUGGGUGAUUUUGAGACCCGAAGCACAAUUUAUCUUGGUUUUAUUUUGUGGUCUGUAGCAGGCCUUUCGGUUAUUCGCUUCUGUGGCGCCACACUGUACCUUAUUUUCAGAAUUUUUACUGGCUAGUUUAUAUUUAGUCUAUACAUAUUUAUAUUCCCUUAUAGUCUCUCUUUCUACGUAUUCUUUAUAUAUACAUUUCUUACCUCCAUUAUUAUAUUUAACCAAAAAGCAGUGUGUAUUUUGCUUAACGCAACGGCUUUACAUAUUAGGUAUUAAAAUAUAUCAGUAGCAAUUAUGUAGACGACAACUAGUAUCUGUGCUAGGUUUAAGGGAUGUACAUAUGUGAUAGACAUAAUAUACAUAUGCAAAUGUUGUUUUCUUUCAAACAUUGGACUAAAAUGAG